UUACCUCGUCUCUAUCCAUCCGUCCAUCCAUCCAUUUUCUUUUCCACUUAUCCUCACGAGGGUCGAGGGAGUGCUUGAGCCUAUCCCAGCUGUCUAAAAAAAAAACCCACGCAGGCACAGGGAGAACAUGCAAACUCCACACGGGGGAAAUUGGACCCCGGUCCUCAGAACUGUGAGGCCAACACCCUAACAGGUUGCACCAUCAUGCCGCCUAUCCAUCCAUUUUCCCAGCUGCUUGUCCUCACAAGGGUUGCGGGAGUGCUGUGGAGCCUAUCCCAGCUGUCUACGGGCAGGAGGCGGGGUACACCCUGAACUGGUUGCCAGCCAAUUGCAGGGCACAUGGAGACAAACAGCCGCACUCACAAUCAAACCUAGGGGCAAUUUAGAGUGUCCAAUUAAUGUUGCAUGUUUUUGGGAUGUGGUAGGAAACCGGAGUGCCCGGAGGAAACCCACGCAGGCAUAGGGAGAACAUGCAAACUCCACACAGGCGGGGCCGGGAUCAAAUCCGGCACCUCAGAACUGUGAGGCCAAUGCUUUACCAGCUGUGCCACCUCUUUGCAUCCAUUUAUCAAUUAAACCAUGCAGAAUAUGGUAAAAGCCAGUCUGUAUCCUGGAGUUGUUUCAUAGAAAUCCCAAGGAUAUCCAAGUUGAGAACAAGGAGAACCAGUGGAUGGGGGUGAUGGUAGAGAGUCAAGGACCAGGGGGGAAAAUUCUGACGUGCGCUCAUCGCUAUCAGAGACGCUUGUUUGUGAACACGCCCCAGGAGGCCCGUGACAUCACUGGACGCUGCUACGUCCUGAGCCAGGACCUGACCAUCGACGAGUCGUCCGAUGAGGACGGCGGCAACUGGAACUUCUGCGAUGGCAGGGGCAGAGGUCACGAGCUGUUUGGGUCAUGUCAGCAGGGUGUGGCCGCCACCUUCACCAAGGACUACCAUUACUUGGUCUUUGGAGCGCCUGGAGCGUACAACUGGAAAGGCAUCGUACGCGUGGAGCAGAAAAACAACACCCUGUUGGAGAUGGGCAUCUACGACGACGGGCCUUACGAAGUUGGCGAUGAGCACAUCUUGAACCCCGAGCUUGUACCCGUCCCUGCCCACAGCUACCUCGGCUUCUCCUUGGACUCGGGUCACAGCAUCGCCAGGAGGCGUGGCCUAACUGUAGUGGCCGGAGCGCCCAGAGCCAAUCACAGCGGAGUGGUGCUGCUAUUGAGAAAAGACAACCACGGCUCGGGUCGCCUUGCUGUGGAACACACUCUGUACGGACCCGGACUGGCAUCCUCUUUUGGAUACGACGUGGCCGUAGCCGACCUCAAUGGGGAUGGAUGGCAGGACAUAGUCGUGGGAGCGCCCCAGUUCUACAUGAAGGACAAAGACGUUGGAGGGGCUGUUUACGUUUACAUCAACCAGGCGGGACGAUGGCGGGGCGUCGCUCCCGUCCGUCUCAACGGGACCAGGGACUCCAUGUUUGGCCUGGCAGUGGAGAACAUCGGCGACAUCAAUCAAGACUCUUACGAAGACAUCGCGAUUGGAGCGCCUUAUGACGAUGGCGGUGCGGGAAAGGUCUACAUUUAUCACGGUUCUGCACGGGGAAUCAACGCCACCCCAGCCCAGAUCAUUCACGGAAAAGAUUACAACAUCCGACUGUUUGGCUAUUCUCUGGCAGGGAACAUGGACCUGGACAGCAACUCUUAUCCAGACCUUGCCGUGGGCUCGCUGUCAGACUCGGCACUAAUUUACAGGGCGAGACCAAUCGUUAGUAUGCGCCAAAACAUGAAAAUCUCCCCAAGGGAAAUUGACCUCACAAUAAAGAAUUGUGAAAACAACAACUGCUUCACUGUGGAAGUUUGCUUCAGCUACAAAGCAAACCCUGCGUCUUACAACCCACGAAUCACUAUCAGCUACUCUGUGGAGGCGGACGGCGAUCGCAGAAAACAAGGGCUACUCUCCAGGGUCAUGUUCUUGAACACAUCCAACUCGGAAACAGAACACCAGUUUAACAGUACCACGGACCUCCGAGGACAAAAGCAGGAAACGUGCAUUAAGAUUAAAGCCAAGUUAAAGGACAACAUUAAGGAUAAGAUGCGAAGCAUUCCCGUCGAGGUGUCCGCGCAAAUAAUCGGUAUGAAGCGACAAAAGGCAAAGAACGGCCUGCCGCUGCUAAUGCCCAUCGUAGACUCUUCUCAGUCGAGCAAAGAAACUGUUGAGGUCAAUUUUGUAAAGGAAGGCUGUGGUAGCGAUCAUGUUUGUCGCAGUAACCUGAUGAUGGACUUCAAAUUGUUGUACAAGCAAAGCAAUCAAGACAUUUACUCGCCAUUGCCCGUCAGGAACAACGUCCCCGUGUUUCACCUGACUUACGAGAGGAAGGACUUGGCUCUGCGACUGACCGUCAGCAACCCGAAGGCCGACGACGCCUAUGAGGCCAAGCUCUCGGGCUCCUUCCCCGACACCCUGUCGUACUCGGGCGUGCGCUCACAUCGCAGCACGGUGGACAAGCAGAUCAUUUGUGCAGCCAAUCAAAACGGCUCUCAUGCCGACUGCGAGCUGGGCAACCCGUUUAAGCAAAGCUCCGAGGUAACAUUUUACAUCAUCCUGAGCACUGUGGCGAUGACUCUGGAGACCACAGAGAUUGACAUUGACCUGCAGCUCCACACAACCAGCGUACAAGAUCUGGCCCACGUGAGAGUCAAAGCCAAAGUGCUGAUUGAGUUGCCGUUGUCGGUUACUGGGGAGGCCAACCCUCAUCGAAUUUCGUUCGGUGGAGUCGUGAAAGGCGAAAGCGCCAUGGAGAGCGAAGAGGAGAUCGGCAGUUUGGUCAAUUACACAUUCAGAAUUAACAACUUGUGGGCCUCUUCCGUCAAGUCCUCACUACACAUCCAGUGGCCCAAGUCCAACAAAAAUGGCAAAUGGCUUUUGUACCUGGUGAAGAUGAAAGCUAAAGAAGGAACGCGCAACAUCAUUUGUACACCGGAGUCGGAGAUCAACCCUCUCAAACACAUUCAGGAGAGUUCCACAUUCAGGACAAAGCGUGAAAUUGUACAUAAAAAGACAAGAGGAAAAAUGUCUUCGCUGUCUGACAAAAAUAAGAUUUUGGCGUGUGGGAAACAAUUGCAGUGUGUGGUGCUGCAGUGCCCCUUGCAAGGACUUGAUGGGGCUACAGUGGAACUCAGAGCUCGACUGUGGAACUCAACCUUUCUGGAGGAUUACACUUCUCUUUCGUCCUUGGACAUCAUUGUGAGGGCUUCGCUGGUACUCCACACUCCGGCCACUAACACAAUCCUGAGGACGCCCGACACCCAAGUGACCCUCACAGUGUUCCCAGAGAGUGCGGUGGCCCAGUAUGGGGGCGUCCCCUGGUGGAUCAUCGUGGUGGCUGUUCUCGCAGGCAUCUUGAUUUUGGCUUUGUUGGUCUUUCUGCUGUGGAAGUGCGGUUUCUUCAAACGCUCAAAGCGGGAGGACGCGGUCCCUCAGUAUCAUGCCGUGCGGAUUCGAAAGGAUUCUCCCGACUACGAAGAUGGCAAAUUCAAGAUGGAUCCUUAUGAGAAGAAGCCCUGGAUGACAACUUGGGUUGACAAUGAAAGUUACUCAUAAGUUGUUUUUUUUUUCCCCAAGCCUCAUAUCAGGGAAGAUCAGUUCCACUGAAUGGACGCUUUUCACCUGCAAAAUCUAAUAAAGAUCCAAUCCAAGAGCUGUAUUGGUCUUAGACAAAAACAAUACUUCAAGCCAGUUAAAGAUUAUCAUUUGUGAUGUCAAAUAUUUUUCUUCAGUUGCUUUGUCUUUUUUCACUGUAUGUAUGGAGAUUUUUUUCACAUUUUUGUAACUACUGUAGAUAUUUCUGAGGAUUGUAUAUAUAUAUGUAUAUAUUUUUGAUAAAUCGUGUGUGACAAGUCAAAGAUGUUCAGUCUUUUGUUUUAGCUGGAUGAACAUCCAUUUUAAAAUGUACUACUGUCGUGGUAAAGUUUCAUUGAAGCUUUGCAGAAUUAGUUUAAAAAAAAAACUAUGCAAAGAUGGCACCGUUGACUUUUUGUAUGGAUUGUAUUUAAGGACAUUUUUUAUUAUUUUUUGAACAGCUAUCAAACACACAGGUGACAAUGUGAACUUUUCUUUACGUGUUUUUUUUUUUAUUUUUAAGGUAGCGUCAUCACUGAACAAGCAAUUAUUCUUUUAUGAAGAAUAGAAAAGGACAUAAAAAUGUCUUGAAUUAAAUGAUGCAGAAUGGAAUUUUUGAUAAAUGUACUAUUGAAUUGUCAAAUGAAAUAAAUGUUCUUAAAAAAGAA